CGUUAUGUUGUCUGUCUGUCUGUCUACCAGUUUAUCAGUUAGAUUACCUAUCUUACCGAGAUAUUCAUACGAGAGUUUUCCCAACUGCAAAAUCCCGCUCCAUGACAGGGCUUCCUACUUCUCCGUGUGUGUAGUUUGAUGUGGUACUGAGAGUAUUUCGAUAUUGUACGAAUAUAAGGUCAGGUUGAAUUGGAUUGAACUUGGAGUACUGAUGCCAAGUUGAGAAGUGGUACGUCAUCAUCAUGAAGUCGGUAACCACCUUCGUUCUAUGUCUUGCUUUAUUAGGAGGCAAAGUUUACGCCCAGAACCCUUAUUAUAUCGGCGGAGAUGGUGGUGAUGAUGACGAUGGCGAUGGUACCAUAUGGUGGAGUUGGGAGGGAAGUGGUGACCCCAACAGCAAUGGUGGUGACGGAUCUUCAAAUGGUUUCGGCUCCACAACAGGCUCAGGUGGGCUAAGCAGCGUAUACGCCGGCUUCGACGUCGAGCAAGCGAUGCGAUAUCGUACCGCCCACGCCGUCAUGGCCGCUUUAUGUUUCGUCGUCCUAUUCCCAGCCGGCGCCAUCAUCAUACGAGCAUUCCCCGGUCGCCAUUCUUGGCUCGUUCACGCCGUGACCCAGGGUGUAGCUUAUGUCCUGUACAUUAUCGCUGCGUCACUCGGCAUUAAACUCGUUCAGAUGGUGAAGAUUCCUCCUAAUGGCUCCAGUCUUUUACAAAUGUCCUCAACAAACGCCCACCCCAUAAUCGGCAUCCUCCUCCUCGCAGUCCUCUUCCUCCAACCACCCCUAGGGUUCAUCCACCACUCGAAAUUCAAACGCCUCAAACGCCGAACCGCAUUCUCCUACGCCCAUCUCUGGCUCGGCCGCAUCGCCAUAACCCUCGGUAUCAUAAACGGCGGGUUAGGUCUCAAACUCGCCAACGCAUCGCAAGACGUCAUAAUCGCAUACUCUGUAGUAGCCGCUUUCGCAUGGCUACUAUGGUUCGCAACCAGCGUCCUCGCGGCCCUACGACGCCGAGAAGAACAAGAUAUAGACCCGCGGGGUCGUCCUGGCGGUCCUCCACUCCCACCUUCUCAUUACCCUGGCCCGGUUCCGCCGAUGCCUGUAUACGCGGCGCAUAGUAAUAACCGCAGUAUGAGUGUCUCGGAUGAUCCUAGUCCCCCUUACACGCCAGGUCGUUUCUACGGCAGUUUAUCUGCGUUUAGUGGAUCUAGAGAUGAGGAAGCUGUGGAGAUGCGACCGGUGAAAAACUCUACUAGUAGAAGCAGAUCGCCGUCAUCGCUUUCAAAUGAGAGGAUGCCGGCUGAGAGUGUACGAAGGGUAUAAUGGGAUGGUUAGUACAAGAUAAUUGUUCAUAUCACGACGGGGAAAGGGUUAGGUCACUUAAUAUUGGUAGGAACGGUAGGUAUGAUGGUAUUUAUUAGGGAUAAAUUCAGGCUGGGUAUUUUGUGAUAAAAUCAACGUCAAGUUCAAUUUGCUUCCUUCCUCCGAAUAUCAAGCGCUUGUGACGGUAUAUCAACCAUGUGCAAUCAAAUAGAGCA